AUGGACGGACUGGAUCGGAUAAUUACUAUCACAAUUUGUAGUGCUGUAGGUGCUGUAUCGAUGCUUGCCAUCAUAUGUUUUCUCAUUUGGUUCUUCUGUCGUCGUAAAUCACAUGACACAGUUCAACACCGAAAAGCUUCUCUAUUUCGUCGACAACACUAUCAGCGUUCGAAUAAAUUCUUUUCGAUUAAAUUCCAUAACAAUGCCAGCAAACGGCUGGGAAAGAGUCGAUUUAGUACGAGUGAUUCAUCGGUAUCCUUGUCAUUCAAUCCACCGCAUUUGAUCAAUCAGAAUGUGAGAAAUUUAAAGAAGUUAUCAACACCGACGAAUAUCGAACGUUUUAAGAAAUUAACCAGCGAACCGUUUUAUACUUCAUCCUCAUCACAACUUGCCUUAGCCGUUCAAUCAAACCAGCAGCACUCGUCUAAUUAUCAAUUAAAUACUCUUUACUUUCAUUUUCUCAAUGAACUUAAUCAUAUUCUUUGUUUACAACACGAACAACGUUCUAGUACAUCUCUCCGACACUCGCAAAGUUGUCGACGAGCGAACGAUCUUUUGCCCUUUGAUUACUGUCGGUCAUUGACACCGUCGACAAUCACACUUACAUCAUCAAGUAAUGACAACUCGCUCGAUCCGAUCUAUCGAAAGAAUAGUCAUCUCAACUCUACGUUGAUACGUAAAGCACAUUUAGCACAAAUUCGAGAUGAUACCAUUGUUUUGUAUUAA